GAACUCAGCAUCAGUGAUCUUGCGACUGUGAUCCGGUGUGCUUCCAGAGAAGAAGAAAGCCCCAACUGCCCAAAAAGGCCGGAAAGGACAUUUCUGUUUGGCGCGAAGACUUGUGCAUUGUGGUGUUGUGUGUUCAAAAAGGACUUUCGUCUGAAAAAUAGCCAGAAAAGCUAACAAAAAGACACAGAACAAAAUGAAUCCAGUGUUACGAUCAGUGUGCGCCGUUGUGGUGCUAAGUGCGGUGGUCCUCGGUGCCACCAGCGAAGACUACCAAAGCCAAGGAUUACGUGCCAUCGUGCGGGUUUACGACGAGUGCUCCAAGGCCGAGGCCGGGUUCACGCCGUGUCUCAAGAAGCGCGCCAUCACCUUCAUCGAUCGGCUCAGCCGGGUCGAUGCGCUGACCGUUGGAGACAUGAAGAUCGUCCGGAACGAGCGGUCCCUCGGCCUGGAGGGCAGCAAACCCAUGACCGAGGCCGAGCUGGAGCAAAGUCUGCCGCGGGGACUGGAAGCACGGGAUGAGGCACUGACCAACAUCCUGUUGGAGAAGAUUGCCGGAGUGUUCAGCAGCCGGACGAUUCAGAUUAGUCUGCCCAAGCUGUCGAGCGACGAACUGGGCCGCGGGCUGGAAGAAGGUCGUGGCAAAAUGAAGAAAAUGAUGAGCAUGAUGAUGAUGGGCUUCAUGAUGAAGAUGGCCGCCAUGGUGCCGGUUGCGAUCGCCGGUCUGUACCUCCUCGCCGGUAAGGCUCUGAUCGUAUCGAAGAUUGCCCUCUUGCUGGCCGGUAUCAUCGGACUGAAGAAGCUGGUCGCCAGCAAGCAGCAGAGCGGAGGCGGUGGCUGGUCCAGCGGUGGCUCCGGACACGGUGGCGGCUGGGACCGACGAUCCGCCGAUGUGGCUGCUGCCGCUGCCGCCCAGAACCUGGCCUACAACGGCUACACCAAGAACCAGGCGUAAACGGAGCUAUGCCGACAACGUACGAUACGGAACCAGUUCCAGAGAUUUGUUACUUGUUGAAAGACGAUCGAAACCACCAACUGAGAAAUAAUGGCACCGGAGGGCAGCCCUUAGUACCAAGGGUGUUGUCUGUUUCCACUGCCGAAAGUUUGCGGGAAAAUGUUAAAUUAUUUAUUUAUUUAAUUUAUUGAUUUACAAAUGCUAGGGAACAUCAGAUUCACAAAUCAUGUCGCGAUCAGCCAAAACUUCGGUUCCCACUAACCUUCCGUUGUGAACAUUUUUCAACCCCCUCAAUUCCCACCUUUUCAUUUCAUUGCUUUGAACCCAAACCCGUACGUUCUUUCAACUUUCGACGAGUGGAAAUCUAAUAAUUUUCGCAUUUUCCACCCGACGGUAAAACCUUUCUCUUUGCGCACGUGCGCUCCAUUGUCUAUCUCUAUUAGUAGUUCCCACUGUAGUCUUUUCUCUCCGCUUCUCCUCUCCGCAUUACUGUUCCCUAAUCUACAUACAAUCCCUUUGAUGGGUACUGUUUUUACAUUGCUUUCCACGUUGGUCCAAUGAACUUCCCUUCUCUCUAUGGUUUCGCUCUGAAAGCUAUUCUUCGUAAAGAGUCACGUGAUUUUCACACUCUUGCUGUUCAUCUGUUUCUUUCACUAUCGUCGUUAAUCAUUAACACUUCAUCAAUCUGUUUUCUAAACUAUUCCUCUUUGUCAUCUUUACUGGAUCAACAUAUAUCAUUGAAUGUGUCUAAUUUAUAUUUCCGAAUUUUACGCUAUUUAUUUACUUUUUACUUAGUUCUGUUGCCAACUUAUUCAAUUUUCAUUUUCUACUCCUAACUAAUCAUUAACCCUUUUUGAUAUCGAGUGUGGUUUCUUCUCAAAAUCUUCUGCUAUUCUCUUCUUCUUCUUUCUGCAAAUCUCUUACUUACUCGAUCAUUUCAAACCACUUUCCAGCCACCUCGAUGUUGAAAAUUAGCCCUCAAGUCAUUUUCGGUCCUCAUAGGACUUCUCCUCCUCCUGCUCGUCAAUCCACCCUCCAUCGUUCAACGUUCCCAUUCGUCAUUCAGUCCACCAUUACCCAUUCUCACCCACUUUCGUCCCUGCUCCCACUCAGACUCAUCCCACCCACCCUGCUUUCUUCUUCAACCGAUUUCCAAAAGAAGUCCAGAGCUGAAAAUUCGAGUAUGUUAAAUUAACGACCUAAUUAUCUGCCCAAAAUGAGCUUUAGCCAAUGCGUCAUCCUCACAAUCACCAUAAGUCCAUCGAACAAAAAAAAAACAUCGCUAACACACUAGGAGGAGAUAUUUAUUCACUGUUGAUAAUGUGUAAGAGUUGAAGUAUAAUGUUAAUUUGUUGCGAACGAAUGAGAAUCAAGAAGCGAACAAAGAAACAAACUGAUAAUUGUUGUAAAAUGAAGCAAAACAAAUGAAACCAAUAAACGUUCACAAGUUUCCCCUUCGAGUCGAAGGAGGUAAACUGGGAAAAAUUAAAAGCACC